UUUCAUUGCUAUAUCUUCUUCAACUGAAGAAGAAGAUCAGUACUUUCAUGGGGUGUUGUGUUGUUAUACCAAACUUAUCUCAGAAGAAAAUGACAUUCUAUUUUUUUUUUUUCUAAUUGCUCCAUGACUCCAUUUUAGUGAUUGAUGGGAAGGUGGAGCAGUUGAGGUUUCACAGAACUUCCCCACUAACGAACCCAAUUUUUUUUCAAUACCCUUUUCUGCUGCUCGUCUUUAUUCGCUGUCACUCUGUUUUUCUUCGAUCUUUGUUCCAUGUUUGAUGUGACAUUGCAAUAGUUUCUUUGGUUUCAAAAAACCUUUUUUUUUCUGUUUUUUUUUUUCAUUUUCUACUUUAUUUGGUGGGGGAACUUUGAGAAUCGAUGGAGCGACAAAGAAGCUUCAUCAUUAAACCCACUAGAUUCUUGUUUUUCACUUUCACAAUCUCAUCGUUUAUCAUCAUCAUUUCGUUUUUUUCCCUUUGGAUCGUUAAGAAUCCACCUGCUCGUUCUGAGAGUUUUUUGUUAUUCAAUAGAACUACUACCCCAGUUGCAGUGAGCUUUUUCAGACCCGUGAAUCUUCGGACAGUGAACACUUCCGGGAGGAAUUUCUCAAGAACUGAUGCGGUUACUACCCAUUUCGUCGAUGCCCAUUUGAGGAAAUCUGAAAAUCUUUCUACCCAUUUGAAGAAAGCUGACAAUGUUACUGGGUAUGGUGGGAUUCCGCUUUCCGGCGAGGAGAGGAGAGAGAACGACGUGGAAGAAGGGAAGAAUGACGGCGGCGCUGAUGGGAAUACCACUGAAGUUCGGGUAAGCGGCGGCGAGAGUUCGAUUAAGGGAAUUGAAGUGGGAUUGCCCAUUAGCGAUACGAUUGAGAAGAAAGAUUCGAAAGUUUUUUUGGAGAAAUUGGAAUCCUCGAACGAGAUAGUGAGAACAGAAUCUCAUCAGUGCGAUUUAACAAAAGGGAAGUGGGUUUAUGAGGAGAGCUACCCAACUUACUCGAAUAGUUCGUGUCCUUUUAUUGAUGAAGGUUUUGAUUGCGAGGGGAAUGGAAGAUUGGAUUUGAACUACAAGAAGUUGAAAUGGCAACCCCAAGAUUGUGGUGCUUACAGGUUUAAUGCAACAAAAAUGCUGGAACUGAUUAGAGGGAAGAGAUUGGUUUUUGUGGGAGAUUCGAUUAACAGAAACCAAUGGGAAUCUAUGCUAUGUAUGUUGUUUGUUGCCAUUAAAGAUCCAAGGAAGGUUUAUGAAACUCAUGGCCGAAGAAUCACCAAGAAGAAAGGGAACUAUAGCUUUAAGUUUGUGGAUUACAAGUGUACUGUUGAGUUCUAUGUGUCGCAUUUUCUUGUUCAUGAGGGCAAAGCAAGGUUAGGACGGAGACGAAUACAGACGCUGCAGAUCGAUACUAUUGACCGAGGAUCAUCGAGAUGGCGGGAAGCUGAUGUUUUGGUUUUCAACUCUGCCCAUUGGUGGUCUCAUUACAAAACAAAAUCAGGGAUCAAUUACUACCAAGAAAGAGAUCAAGUUCUUCCUCAACUUGACGUAAAUACCGCUUUUAGAAGAGCUCUAACAACUUGGGCUUCAUGGGUUGACAAAUACAUCGAUUCAAAGAAAACCCGAGUUUUCUUUCGAAGUUCAGCACCAUCCCAUUUCAGGGGAGGGCAGUGGAAUUCAGGUGGGCAUUGUAGAGAAGCAACGGAGCCUCUAAAUGAAACAUCAAGCUUGGAUUAUCCUGAAAAGAAUGUAAUUGUAGAAGAUGUCAUAAAUCAGAUGAAAACUCCUGUUACUUUGUUGAACAUAACUGGUUUAUCAGAUUAUCGUAUCGACGGCCACCCAUCCAUGUACGGGAAAUCAUUUUUGAAUAGGAAGUUUGCGAGAGGAGGUGAAGAUUGUAGCCAUUGGUGCCUUCCGGGUGUUCCUGAUACAUGGAAUGAGUUAUUGUAUUUCCAUCUGAAAUAUAAAGACAUGGUGAAAUGAACUAUUUUUGACAAUGUGUACAGAAUCAUUCCAUUUGUAGACGAACAAGCAUACUAGGAGUGCGAUUUAAAUCUUCAUCAGUCUCAUCGUUUGUCGAAGGUAUGAACAUAUUCCUCAUUCAUUGCUUCAUCGAUUCAUGGUUGAAGCUGAAGAAUUCUAAGCUUCAAGUAGAAAAAGUGAUUUGAUACUUCCGAUUCUUUUCUC